AUGUCUAGUUCUCCGCGACGAUGGCUCUUCGUCGUCUUUCCGAUCCUUACAAUUUGCAUGAUAUACUAUCUUUUUCGACUGCCUGAAUCCAACCCGUCAAUUGUGAACAACUCAGAACAAUUUCCUCAAGCUGGAGAGGAAACAAUUGUGGUAGGAGACGAGAAGCCGGAGACAUCUCCUCUCCCUCCUCCUCCUAAACAGGAGACAAUGGAGGAGAAAUGCAGUCAUUUAUUACACGCGCUCGACGACGUCAUGGUCGUAAUCAAAACCGGCGCGACCGAAUCCCUCGAAAAAGUCCCCAUCCACCUCCGCACCACGCUGCAAUGCGUCCCACACUUCGCCGUCUUCUCCGACUACGAAGAAACCAUCGAUGGUGUCCUUACAUAUGACGUCCUCCGCAACAUCAGCGAGGCAACAAUGGAAAGAGAACCCGAAUUCAACAUCUACCGCCGUCUAAAAGAAGUCGGACGCGAAGGCUUAACAGAUGCAGAAUGGGGCGAUGACACAAACGGUCCACUAGGCAAAGUCAACAAUCCAGGCUGGAAACUCGACAAAUGGAAAUUCCUCCCAAUGAUUAAGGAAGCACUAGAAGUAAUGCCGGACGCUAAGUGGUACGUCUUCCUCGAAGCCGAUACCUACAUGGUAUGGCCGAACCUGAUCAGCUGGCUGGGCCACCUUGAUCCAGAUCGACAAUACUACCUGGGCAGCCCCAUGCAAAUCGGCGACACACUCUUUGGCUACGGUGGAGCGGGCAUCGUCCUCUCAAGCUACACCAUGAAUCUCCUGUACGAUUACCUGAUACGGGCAAAGGAAGAUCUUGAAGCGAUGACCGCGCACGAGUGGGCGGGCGACUGUGCGCUGGCGCGAGCGCUGCACGAUGUGCAUGUCGAUCUGACCUGGGCCUGGCCGAUGAUGAUGACGUCACGGCCGUGGGAAAUCGACCAUUUCUCCGAGGGAUACGGGCGGCAGCCAUGGUGUUACCCUGUGAUCUCGUAUCACCACAUGGCGCCGACGGAUAUCGAGGAGAUGUGGGAGUUUGACCGGGCCUUCUUUGCCAGUGGGAAGAACGCGCUCAUGCUGCAUGCGGAUGUUUACCAGAAGCUUGUCUACGACGGAACUUUCUCAGCGCGCGAUGAUUGGGAUAACCUCUCUCAGAUCAAAAUUGAUUUUGCGGCUGGUACGAUUCCUACAGUGGAUAUUUGUGCAGAGGUCUGCGCGCGCAAUGAGGAUUGUUUGCAGUAUUCGUUUGAUCACUCCGAAGGUGUUUGUAAACAUGCUUCUACUACUUUUGCGGGUGUUGUCAGUAAUGGCACGCAGUCUGGGUGGAUUACACCUCGUGUGAAAAAGCUUCUCAAGGCAUUCCAGUCUUCAUGCAAUGAGGUGCAAUACAUCUUCGAUUGA